AUGGGCCGACCACCGGUUUUCCUCUUCCCCUUUUACCUCUUCAUCCUCUGCUCUCUCCUCUCUCCCUCUCCAGCCUUGGCCGGCCCCAUCUCCGUCCCAUCCAUACCGAUCAACUUCACAGCUUCUUAUCUCCAAUUCAUAGACAAUUCCGGCGCCUUCUUGGCCUCCGAGAAUGGCUCUUUUCAGGCCCGAAUAACCAACUCCAAGCCCGAAUCCAGAUCUUUCUAUUUCGUCAUCACCCACGUCGCCUCCCACACGAUUGUCUGGGCGGCCAACCGCAACCGCCACAUCUCCCAGUCUUCUCAGCUCCGUCUCACGGCGGAGGGGCUAACUCUCUACAAUGACUCCACCCACCCCAUCUGGUCAACCCCUGCAAAUCCCAGACCCGUUUCUUCUAUGCACCUUCUCGAAUCUGGAAACUUACUCCUCCUCGAUUCCACCAACAACAUCCUCUGGCAGUCCUUCGACUCCCCCACCGAUCUGCUCGUCUCCGGCCAGACGCUGCCCGCGGGGAAAUCGCUGGUGGCGUCGUCGGGCGAUGACGGGGAGCUGUCGCAGGGAAGCUACAGGCUAGUCGUGGGCGACGACGACGCGGUGCUGCAGUGGAACGGGAUGGUUUACUGGAAGCUCUCCAUGGACGAGAACGCGUUCCGGGACACGAGUCUCCCCGUCGAUUUCCUCAUGUUCAACGCUACAGGUUUGUUCUUAAUGGGUGGAAAUGGCCAAAAGGUUGUCAUGAAAAGAAUCAUUAAGGGAAAUUCUCCGGGUUUGGCGUUUGCAAAACUCGAUUACAAGGGAUUGCUGAGCGUUGUGAGCUUUGAUUCUAUUGAUACAAGUAGUAAUCAGGUGAUGGAGGUCCCCAGUGAUAGGUGCCAGAUUCCUAUGAUAUGCAAGAAGCUCGAUGUCUGCAGCAGUGGAGGUUCGUGUCGGUGUGCGCCUGGAUUUCACAACGAUCCUAGGAUGAACAAUGGUGAUUGCAUUCCAACUGAUACUUCUCUUGUUUUCCCUGAUUCCUGCAACAACCACACGGAUUUCAAGUAUCUUAGUUUGAGGAGCGAUUUGGAUUACUUCUCAAAUGACUUCACCGAUCCUGUGAUCCGCGACGUCAACAUUUCCUUGUGUCAGAGUCUGUGCUCCAAAAACUGCUCAUGUUUGGGCGUUUUCUUCAGCCAGAGAUUCGGGUCGUGUUACAUGAUCACAGACUAUUUAGGCUCAAUGAAGUCGGGCUCGGGAGACCGCGUCGGAUAUGUCAAAAUGGUGGCUGUCGGAGUUCCAAACAGUGAUGUAAAGGAUAAUAAGCCUGGUUUCCCAACAAUCGUUGCGGUGCUAUUACCAUCAUCGGCGGUUCUAGCAAUCGCCGUUGUCGUCCUAGUCUGCUUAAGGAGAAGGUUGUCGAGAUCGAAGCGGGAUGAUGAGGAGAUGGAUUUGGUUUCCAUCCCGGGGCUGCCGGUGAGGAUUGACUACGCGGAGCUGGCCGAGGCUACUGAAAAUUUCAAGAACCAAAUCGGCUGCGGCGGAUUCGGAACAGUGUAUAAAGGGACCCUCCUCGACGGAAGUGAGGUAGCGGUGAAGAAGAUCACGUGCUUAGGAUCACAAGGGAAGAGAGAGUUCCUCACUGAGAUUGGCGUGAUCGGGAAAAUCCAUCACGUCAAUCUCGUGAGGCUCAGAGGCUUCUGCACUCACGGCCCGCAGAAGCUUCUUGUCUACGAGUACAUGAUGCGCGGCUCCUUGGAUCGCACUCUGUUCCAAGGCGACACCGUUUUGGAUUGGAAGGAGCGGUGCGAAAUUGCGUUGGGGGCGGCUAGAGGGCUGGCCUACUUGCACUCCGGCUGCGAGCACAAGAUCAUCCACUGCGACGUCAAGCCAGAGAACAUCCUCCUCCACCACAAAUCGCAGGUCAAGAUCUCCGAUUUCGGCCUCUCGAAGCUGCUCACUCCAGAGCAGUCCGGUCUCUUCACGACCUUGAGAGGCACGCGCGGGUAUCUCGCUCCAGAGUGGCUGACGAGCUCGGCCAUUACGGACAAAAGCGAUGUAUAUAGUUAUGGCAUGGUGCUGCUGGAGAUCAUAAGGGGAAGCAAGAAUUCGACGACGAGGAGCAAUAGCUCUGCUGCUGCCCUGUCUCCGUGCCCCUCAACAUGGGAUUCGGCAGGGCAGCAGCGCGUGUACUUCCCUCUCCUCGCGCUAGAGAUGCACGUAGAGGGAAAUUACCUGGAGCUGGUGGACCCAAGGUUGGCAGGCCAAGUCAGAAGCCACGAGGUCGAGAAGAUGGUCCGUAUAGCACUAUGCUGCGUGCACGAGGACCCCAACUUGAGGCCCACCAUGACGAAUGUGGUCGGGAUGCUAGAAGGCGUGGUGCCUUUGGUCGAGCCUAAAUUGAAAUCACUCAAUUUUUUGAGGUUUUAUGGACGUAGAUUUGCGGAGUCGUCUACUAUGAGUGAAGGGACACAGCCUAACCAGCUCAUGUUGUAUAGGCAGCCUACCUCGAGUACUUCUUCCACUGCUUCCUAUAAUUCUUUCUCCUAUGUAUCUUCACAACAGGUUUCUGGUCCCCGAUAGCACUUUUUAGGAAUUCAAACUACUGUAUGUUUUAUUUCAUACUCAUUAUACAAUAUUAUUAGGGGGAAGAUGUAUGUAAUCAGACUAGUAGUUUGAUUGAUGAUAUGAUUCAAAGCUUAGUAUGGGUUCAUCUA